ACCGUGGCAUGUCCUAAUUUCUACCAAUUUCGCCCUGCCGUCGCACUACACCGUCGAGCGGAAGGGAGAAACAACAACGAUAACAAUGGAAAAAAGCAAUGAAUUAGAGGGAGAAGAAAGAGAGAAAAAAGCGGAAUUCGAUGCAUCGGAGAUAGAAUACGUAAGCUACGGCGGCGAACACCACUUACCGUUAAUUAUGAGCCUCGUUGAUCAAGAACUCAGUGAGCCUUAUUCAAUUUUCACUUAUCGUUACUUUGUUUAUCUAUGGCCUCAACUAUCUUUUCUGGCAUUUCAUAAAGGUAAAUGCGUUGGAACUGUGGUUUGCAAAAUGGGAGAGCACAGGAAUACAACGUUUAGGGGCUACAUUGCUAUGUUAGUUGUCAUUAAACCUUAUCGAGGAAGAGGCAUUGCCUCUGAACUUGUUACCAGAUCUAUUAAAGUGAUGAUGGAAUCAGGAUGUGAAGAGGUGACAUUAGAAGCAGAAGUCACUAACAAAGGAGCGCUUGCUCUAUACGGCCGUCUUGGGUUUAUUAGAGCAAAACGGCUAUUCCGUUACUAUCUGAAUGGCGUUGACGCGUUUCGCUUAAAGCUGCUAUUCCCCCAACCAGGGUUACACCCAUCUUUACCUAUGGCAGCUAGCAUAGAAGAUCACGAUGGACAUACCAACCAUCCACCACCAGAAGAGUGUUCUAAGCCGCAUGUUGGCUUGUAAUCUACAAUUUUGGGAGAGAAAGUUUUCGCUCCCGCUCCCUUUUUCUUGGGCAAAAGUUUUGCCAUACAUGAGGUAGGGAGUUAUUCAUUGUAUUAUUAGUUAUUUGAGAUGUAUACCACUUGCAGAUUAUGUCAACAUUACAAGGCUAGUUAAAGAAUGGCAAUGGCAGAAGUUUUUAUCAACUA